GUUGUUUACAUGUCGGUUUCACAAUUAAUGGAUGAACAACAGCAAGACGAUUCUAAUUGUCCAAUAUGUGCUUAUCAAUUUUCCACUCCAGAUAAAGUUCCGAAAAUUUUACCCUGCUCUCACACGUUCUGCAGUCCUUGUAUCGACAAUAUUAUAGCCGCCACUCCUUCCAAUUCAGACUCCGCUGUAAAGUGUCCAAUCUGCAGGCAGGACAUCUUCAUUUCGAAAGAUGGGGUCCAGGGAUUUUUUGACAAUUAUUUUAAAUCCGCGCCAAAACAAGAGGAGAUGUGUGAUAUCUGUGGUGCACGAGAGGUACGAAAGCUGAAGCACUGUCAUGAAUGCAACAGUAUUCUGUGUAGCGUUUGCCACAAAAGUCACCAUCACAAAGAUGAGAAAAAAUUCGGCGAUUACGACGAGGACAGCGACGAAGAAAACGAUGGUCAUCGUGAUUUGCGAAUUCUCCGAAGAAUUGGAAAUGCUUAUCGAAGUACUGUGAAGUCUGCAUUCUUCGCUUACCUCAGUACGUCAUUCAAAUGUAAUAAUUUUGAGCGUAUUCGAAAGAUAAUUCCAGAUGACAAAAACGAGUGCUGGGUUCUGACAAAUAGACCAUUCGUAGCCACAUUUUCCCGAAAUGGCCAGGAAAUGUACAGAAAAUAUGUCGAAAACGUACUCCAAGACAUAGCUCGAUUUAGUGAUGGUACACUUGUUUUAGCCUUCUCUAGUGGUGAUAUUCUGUUGCUGCGGGGGCAAGAAUUAAGCUUAGCAACAACCACAGAAAACAGCGUCCCCAUCUCACUGUACGCGUACGACGAUGGUCGUCUGCUAAUUGCUACGCGGCCUCACUCUAGUAACACCCAUUUAAACAACAGCGGUCUAUAUAUCACUGACCUGAUAAAGAAGAAGAUCCGGCCACUUUAUGUGUACAAUCUUUGUGAAGAGUCAUCAAUGACUGUAAAUGAAAAAACCGGACAGGUCGCUCUCUGCGAAACGACAAAAAAGUGUGUUUAUUUCGUAAGUACAGACAAAAAGUUCAAGUAUCCUAAAGUGAAGAAAUAUACAGGAAAGAGGGGACUACAAAGACUUGAGCAAUCAGAAGAUAGUAUUAAUAUCACGAAUAGCUACCCUUUCCAACCACAAUCAAUUGCAAGUGACCAGAAUGACAACUUCUACAUACUGGAUGCAGGGACAAACCUAAUCCAUGUAGUGGACGAGGAAGCAACGUUUCAAUCCAUUGUUCUAGCCACCAUGUUUGGCAGUAUAAGUUGUUUCAACGUGGAUUCACAUGAAAAUUUGUGGAUAGGCGACAUCUCUGGUCAGAUCAGAGUGUUCAGAAUGGAGCGGUACAAUUUUCUUGGACCAGAAGAAACAGACACUAGAUCAGAGGAAGAAACAGACAUAGACCUACCAAUUGGUGGUGGUGGCCCGGUGUCUAUGGAAGACCUCGGCAUGAUACGUUUGCUAAGAGUUGGACGGUCAAACUCGGGAGGAUUAGAGCUUCCUGAAGGAUUUGAUCUUGGUAGUGGACUAAGGGAGAUGUUGUCUGGUUCGUCAUCGAAUCGAGAGGAGCCGACUCGAAUUCGAGACAAUUUCAUAAGAAACACAUUUUAA